AAUAUAGUAGAAUUCAAUCAUAGUUUUAUUGUCUUGAAGGGACUUGGGCAGUGGAAAAUGGCGUCGCAAACAAUUGAUCUUGUGAAGAACGAGCUGCCUCUUGAGCAGGAAACUGUAGUUUUCCCUGAAGAAGGUUUGACUGGGCUUGUUCUUGUGGACAUCAUCAACGGCUUCUGCACUGUUGGGGCUGGAAAUCUGGCUCCGAGAGAACCCAACAGGCAGCUAUCGAGAAUGAUCAAUGAAUCAGCAAAACUAGCAAAACUGUUCUGCGAGAAGAAAUUGCCAGUUAUGGCGUUUCUUGAUACUCAUCAACCUAACAAGCCUGAGGAACCUUAUCCUCCUCAUUGCAUUACUGGCACUGAUGAAUCCAAUUUGGUUCCUGCUUUGCAAUGGAUAGAGAAUGAACCAAACGUGACAAUCAGGCGCAAAGAUUGCUAUGAUGGAUAUCUGGGUUCAAUUGAGAAUGAUGGUUCCAAUGUUUUCGUGGACUGGGUCAAGAACAAUCAGAUUCAAGCUCUGCUGGUUGUGGGGGUUUGUUCAGAUAUUUGUGUACUGGAUUUUGUUUGCUCAACAUUAUCUGCAAGGAAUAGAGGGUUUUUGCCUCCCCUGAAGGAUGUCGUUGUGUAUUCACAAGCCUGUGCUACCUUUGAUGUUCCUCUUCACAUUGCUAGAAGCACCAAGGGAGCUUUACCACAUCCUCAGGAGCUGAUGCAUCAUGUAGGGCUUUACAUGGCAAAAGAAAGGGGAGCCAGAAUAGCAAAUGAAGUGGCCUUUGGUGCAUUGAAUAAGCCAUAAGCUUGGGCUGGGUGGCCUUUAAGAUCUAAGGGUAUCUAAAACCUUUAGGUCAUGUUUGGUUGGAGGAAUGUCUAUUCUUUAGUCAAACUGCGAAAAAUAAGGUAAAAUUAGGAAGCUUACUUGAUAAGCUAGGAAUAAAUAAGCUCACUUUCUACUAGUUUAGAGAAUGAGUAAGGAAUAGAUAUUACUACAAGUCCUUAAAGAAUAGGGAUUCCCCAACCAAAUGUUCCCUACAGUGUGUAGUUCUACUCUCAAAAUAAGCUGUUUGUAUUUCACCAACUGAACAAGAUCAUAAUAUAUGAAUGCACAAAGUGGAAUAUUUAUGGAGAUAUAGAGAGCUCAACUAAAUGUAAAGCCAAAAGAAGGGUAAGAUCUGCUUAAAUGGAAAUCAAUCGUAUGCUAAGUGAUUCAAUUAUGCUACCAGAACCAUGUAGUGCAGUGUCCCUAAUCCCUAUAGAAUAUCUUUGUUCAGUGGUGGAGAACACAUAUAGGUAAAAGCUUUCAGUUUAAUUCGACAUACUAGAUCAGGCCAUUUUGGAAAACUUCCAAUAAAAAAGACCAACAAAACACGGUGAAGAGCAUAACUUAAAACCUUGAAAAUUCUCAACUUCCUCUUUUUCUCUGUUUCAUUACUGAGGGAGAAGAAUGCAUAACAUCUUUUCAGUAGAAGACUUUCAAUCUGAUCACAAGUGGAACAAAUCUAAAUUCUGAAA